GCUGAGGCGGCCGUGGCGGCGGCGGCAUCGGCUGCCAAGCGGCCAGGUCGGCGGCCGGGGCUCCGGACCGCGCGAGGCUACGGCGACGCCGCGCCGCUGCGCACAGCCGACGAGGCAGAACGCCGCCCGGCGCGGGACUGCGGCCGGAGCCUGGGGCGCGCGUGCGGAGGACCAAGCGCGGCGCGGCUGCGGCUGAGAGUGGAGUCUUUCAAGCUAUCAUGGAGAGCUUAAGGGGCGACUGAAGGAGAUUGAUGCUGGCCAAGUGCAGAGUUCUAGUUACUUCAGUCCUGCUGAGAUAGCCUCUCAGUCCACUCGCACUGAAGGAAGCUGCCUUGGGAUCAGAGCAGACAUAAAGCUAGACAAAUUUCAAGACAGAAACAGUCUCCGCCAGUCAAGAAACCCUCAAAAGUAUUUUGCCAUGGAUAUAGAAGAUGAAGAAAACAUGAGUUCCAGCAGCACUGAUGUGAAGGAAAACCGCAAUCUGGACAACGUGUCCCCCAAGGAUGGCAGCACACCUGGGCCUUGCGAGGGCUCUCAGCUCUCCAAUGGGGGUGGUGGUGGCCCCGGCAGAAAGCGGUCCCUGGAGGAGGGCAGCAAUGGCCACUCCAAGUACCGCCUGAAGAAAAGGAGGAAAACACCAGGGCCCGUCCUACCCAAGAACGCCCUGAUGCAGCUGAAUGAGAUCAAGCCUGGUUUGCAGUACACGCUCCUGUCCCAGACUGGGCCCGUGCAUGCGCCUUUGUUUGUCAUGUCUGUGGAGGUGAAUGGCCAGGUUUUUGAGGGCUCUGGUCCCACAAAGAAAAAGGCCAAACUCCAUGCUGCUGAGAAGGCCUUGAGAUCUUUCGUUCAGUUUCCUAAUGCCUCUGAGGCCCACCUGGCCAUGGGGAGGACCCUCUCUGUCAACACGGACUUCACAUCUGACCAGGCUGACUUCCCUGACACGCUCUUCAAUGGUUUUGAAACUCCUGACAAGGCGGAGCCUCCCUUUUACGUGGGUUCCAACGGGGAUGACUCCUUCAGUUCCAGCGGAGACCUCAGCUUGUCGGCCUCCCCAGUGCCUGCCAGCCUAGCCCAGCCUCCUCUCCCUGUCUUACCACCAUUCCCACCCCCGAGUGGGAAGAAUCCCGUGAUGAUCUUGAACGAACUGCGCCCAGGACUCAAGUAUGACUUCCUCUCUGAGAGUGGGGAGAGUCAUGCCAAGAGCUUCGUCAUGUCUGUGGUCGUGGAUGGUCAGUUCUUUGAAGGCUCGGGGAGAAACAAGAAGCUUGCCAAGGCCCGGGCUGCACAGUCUGCCCUGGCCACCAUUUUUAACUUGCACUUGGAUCAGACGCCAUCUCGCCAGCCUAUUCCCAGUGAGGGUCUUCAGCUGCAUUUACCGCAGGUUUUAGCUGACGCUGUCUCACGCCUGGUCCUGGGUAAGUUCGGUGACCUGACCGACAACUUCUCCUCCCCUCACGCUCGCAGAAAAGUGCUGGCUGGAGUCGUCAUGACAACAGGCACAGAUGUUAAAGAUGCCAAGGUGAUAAGUGUUUCUACAGGAACAAAAUGUAUUAAUGGUGAAUACAUGAGUGAUCGCGGCCUUGCAUUAAAUGACUGCCAUGCAGAAAUAAUAUCUCGGAGAUCCUUGCUCAGAUUUCUUUAUACACAACUUGAGCUUUACUUAAAUAACAAAGAUGAUCAAAAAAGAUCCAUCUUUCAGAAAUCAGAGCGAGGAGGGUUUAGGCUGAAGGAUAAUGUCCAGUUUCAUCUGUACAUCAGCACCUCUCCCUGUGGAGAUGCCAGAAUCUUCUCACCACAUGAACCAAUCCUGGAAGGGUCUCGCUCUGUCACCCAGGCUGGAGUGCAGUGGUGCAAUCAUGGCUCACUGCAGCCUCGACCUCCUGGGCUCUUAAGCGAUCCUUCCACCUCAACCUUCCAAGGAGCUGGGAUCACAGAACCAGCAGAUAGACACCCAAAUCGUAAAGCAAGAGGACAGCUACGGACCAAAAUAGAGUCUGGUGAGGGGACGAUUCCAGUGCGCUCCAAUGCGAGCAUCCAAACGUGGGACGGGGUGCUGCAAGGAGAGCGGCUGCUCACCAUGUCCUGCAGUGACAAGAUUGCACGCUGGAACGUGGUGGGCAUCCAGGGAUCUUUGCUCAGCAUUUUCGUGGAGCCCAUUUAUUUCUCGAGCAUCAUCCUGGGCAGCCUCUACCAUGGGGACCACCUUUCCAGGGCCAUGUACCAGCGGAUCUCCAACAUAGAGGACCUGCCACCUCUCUACACCCUCAACAAGCCUUUGCUCAGUGGCAUCAGCAAUGCAGAAGCACGGCAGCCAGGGAAGGCCCCCAACUUCAGCGUCAACUGGACGGUAGGCGACUCCGCUAUUGAGGUUAUCAACGCCACGACAGGGAAGGAUGAGCUGGGCCGCGCGUCCCGCCUGUGUAAGCACGCGUUGUACUGUCGCUGGAUGCGUGUGCACGGCAAGGUUCCCUCCCACUUACUACGCUCCAAGAUUACCAAGCCCAACAUGUACCAUGAGUCCAAGCUGGCGGCAAAGGAGUACCAGGCCGCCAAGGCGCGUCUGUUCACAGCCUUCAUCAAGGCGGGGCUGGGGGCCUGGGUGGAGAAGCCCACUGAGCAGGACCAGUUCUCACUCACGCCCUGACCCGGGCAGACAUGAUGGGGGGUGCAGGGGGCUGUGGGCAUCCAGCGUCGUCCUCCAGAACCUCACAUCUGAACUGGGGGCAGGUGCAUACCUUGGGGAAGGAGUUGGGGGACACAGGGGACCACCAGGUGUCCACGGUUGUCCCCAGCAUCUCACAUCAGACCUGGGGCAGGUGCGCAGUGUGGGGAGGGGAUGGGGUGUGUUGGGGCCCAGCAUCGCCGCCUGGCAUCUCUCUGCCGCAGCAUUUCCCCUUCUGAACCGUCCAGUGACUGCUUUCAAUCUCGGUUUACAUUUAGAAAUUGAGUUCUACUGAGUAGGGCUUCCUUAAGUUUAGGAAAAUAGAAAUUACUUUGUGUGACAUUCUUGAAUAAAUAAUUUAUUCAGAGCUAGGAAUGUGGUUUAUAAAAUAAGUAAUUAUGUCAGGUCACUUUUAUGCCACAUUAUUUUAAUUGCAAAAAAAGCAUCUAUAUAUGGAGGAGGGUGGGAAAAUAGAGGUAGGAAGUAGUAGUCUAAAGGAAAUCGCCACACGUCUGUCUAAACUUAGGUCUCUUUUCUCCAUAGGUACUUCCCUGGGUAGUUUGACACACUAGGUUUUAACAGUCUCCCUGAGGAGCAGACUCCCAGCAUGAGGUAGUGUGGCCCUGUCAUGCACACGGGGCCCCGCAGUGGUGACUGUGUGUCCUGCAGAGUCGUGACCCAGGUCCCUGUAGCCCUCAGCCUCCUCUAGAAGCUUCUGUGCUCCUUGUAGGAUCAGAUCAUGGAAAACUUUUCUCAGUUACUUCUAAGUAAUCACAGAUAAAACAUGGCCAGUAACCCCGGGCUGGCCAUUCAUUCAGGUUUUUUAAAGGAUAUUUAACUUUUAUGGACUAGAAGGAAUCAGGAGGGCUACUGCACAAUACAUGGCCCAAGUUCCCUCUGUUCCUUCCUCUGAAUUGAAUGGAUGUGGAUGACUGCCCAAAGGCCUUCACAGAAUGGAAGUAGAAUGAUUUCAGUAGAUAAUCAUUCUUGGAAAAUGCCAUAGCAGGCAUGUUUUUAAAUUAUUGUUUCCAGCUUUAUCAAAGACAUGUUUGAAAAAUAAAAAGCAUUCAAGUGAGAGCUGGUGAGACCACGUGCUGCUGGCAUAGUGUAGACCAGACAUUGACGGUCCCGACAGGGGAGCUCAGGGCUGCCCAGCACCGAGAGUGCACGGGACAGCCCCACUAUAGAGGGAGCCAGCCCAGGAGGUCAGGAGCGUGGCGGGCGAGGGCCCUGUGUGGACCACCUCCACCGAGCUCAGAGAUUUGCACCCGGUGCCUUGUUGCCUCCGCUCAGGAUGAAAGAGGAGCCGAGAGAAGUGCUCUGUUCGCCAGUGCAGUGCCCAGCUCCAAGGCCCUGGACGGUGCUCAGGUGGGUCUCCUGGGGCCAUGGGCAGAGAUUGGUGCAGACUUUACCCUACAGCAUACACCUGCCACAGUGAAAUCCAGGGUGUUGGCACCUGUAUGUCUGUGAUGGGCCUAGGAAACCAGAAGAGGGGCAGAAGGGCAUCAUGCUCCCACCGGACACUGGGAGCUCAGACCCAAAACCUGAAGCACGGUGGCUUUGGUGGGAGGUGUGCCUCCUGAUGUCGGGAGCCCUAUCCACGUGUGUCCACACAGAUCUCGUCCCAGUGUGACAGGAAGGGGUGCUGCUUAGGGCUCAUUGUUGGGCACAUGACCAGGUUCAGAGGCUAGAACAUCUGCCCCACACCAGCCUUCUCCUCUACCGAAGAGGGCAGUUGUCUCCCUGAAGCAGUCAGAGUGGGUGUCUCAGCCGCUCCGUCACCACAGUGGGGUCUUGUUUGGGCAGACUGUGCUGGGGCUCUGCACCUGCAGAAGGAGAGGUAUCUGUUGUCGCUGGCCUUCCCCCAAGUAGGCUCUUGCACACUAGAAAAAACACCUUGUAAGUCUGUGCAUUUUUAUUCUUGUCUUGAUAAAUUGUAUUUUUUUCUAAUGGGGAUUGGGAGAUGGACUUAGUUUUUAAAAAUGUGGAUUUUGGUUACCAA